AUGGACCUCAUGAACCGGGUUUGCCAGCCGAUGCUCGAUAGGUCGGUGAUCAUUUUUAUCGACAACAUUCUCGUUUACUCAAGAAAUGAGGCGGAUCAUGCUAGCCAUUUACGAGAAGUGUUAAAGAUACUAAGGAGGGAAAGAUUAUAUGCUAAAUUCAUGAAAUGCGCCUUCUGGUUACGAGAGGUGCAAUUCUUAGGGCACGUUAUAAGUGCCGAGGGAAUAUUAGUGGAUCCGUUGAAGGUGGAAGCUGUGUCGAAAUGGAACCCUCCAAGGAAUCCAUCCAAAAUUAGAAGUUUCUUGGGCUUAGCAGGUUACUAUAGGAGAUGCAUUCAAGAUUUCUCUAAGAUUGCAUCGCCUUUGACCAAGUUAACCGGCAAGAACGAGAAGUUCGUCUAG